AUUCCAUUGGUCGUUAAUGUCCAUUGUUCUCUGAAUGCGUUAAGUAACGGUUCCGUCGGCACUAUUGUUCUGUUCUGGACGUCAAUUUACUUCGUGAUGUGGUACGCGGUCGUAAUUCUCCGUCACACACGAGAGGAUACAGUAUAAAUAGCACCGUCGGUCCCCUCGCUGUUUCUGCAACUCUUUUGUCUGUAAAGUCCAGGUCGGAUUGCAAUAAUUUUCUUCCCAAGUUCUAUCGACUAAACCGUUGUCCCUUUUCUUAAGGUAGGCCAAUCGGUAUCGACAUCAUGGACGCCUUCAAUUCUCUACCGGGCGAUCUCAAUCACGAUGAGCGUUUGAAAAGACACUUGAGAUCGAUCCUGCAUGCAAAGAUUGGCAGCAAUCGUUGGAUCAACAGGCACAACUACGAGCAUCUGGAUUACGGACUAGCCAUAGACUUCGGCGAUUAUUUCGUCUCUGGCACUACCAAUUUCCUGAUGCAUCCGCAAUUCAAGCUUGUAGUUGACGAUGACGAGCUUGACGAGCCCGCUGCCGACAGCCCAAUGGUCCAACCAACUGCUCAGCGGCACCGAUCAAUCCCCUCCGACGCCUUGACCAGCUGCGUCGCACCUCAAUGUGUCGUGAUUCCAGACGCCGCCUGCCUAUACGUUCCAAAUCGUGAGAGGACGCCCUUAGAACGGGAGAUUGCUGGUCUUGGGCAUAAAAUCGUGGAAGAUAACCCACCUUUGAAAACUUCACUUUUAUACCAUCACGAGGGUAAACCUGCUAAACCGUUGACCCUUGAAUCCUGGGUGGAAGAUGUCGCCCUUUUGCAAGGCUUCAGCAUUCCUAUUCUGUUCGAAGCGAAGCGGAGACCCUUCAAGCCGGAAAUGCGGACACGGGACCUUCGAUACGAUGCUAUCACGACAUCUUGCGACAAGGCUUUCCAGCAUCUUCUUUCUCAGGCCAGCAUCUGUUUUUACGUUUACCAGUACCAACAGGAGAUCAUCCUCGUUGCCCUCGUUGGUGACUAUUGGUGUUAUCGAGUGGUGGAACGUGACCAUCCCGACCUCCCUGAUGCUGUAGAUGCCAGUGAAUGGCUUAACCGGUAUCAGCGCGACGUCCCUGAAGAGCUUGCCGGAAUUAGUCGAAAUCGCGUUAGAUCUGGAGGCUCGCAUGCACGCACCAAGGUUGUAGUCAACGUAAAUCAAGUACCCCUCGAGGACUUGGCUGGUGAGGACUCGGAUCCCUAUGGAGAUGAUCCAAUAGCCGUUGCCGAGGUAGAUGAGACAUACAGACCCUGGGUUCAUCCGCUAUGUGCUCCACCUUUCGAGGAAGAAGCUCAACUCGAGACUGAGUGGGAAGAUUUGCACGGCUCUGACAUAACCUCUCUACUUAUGAGAAUGGGCUCCGUUGCUUCCAAUCAACGUUUGAAUUACAUCCGCCGAUACCUGCGGAGUUCAGACAAGCCUUGGCUCUCGCUUGCUCUGGAGAAGCCGGAAGAAGUCGAAUACCCAGGCACUGCCAGACUUCAGGAGGAUGAAAACGCGAAUGCUGCCUCGUCUUCGAAGAAAAGGAAAAUUCCAAAACGGGACUAGGUGUUGGAGCGACGGUGGCGUAGGCAAGUCAACUGAGGAUUUAAGGAGUUGAAUUGAUUAGUAGUAUGUGUGGGGCCAAGUUAACGGAUUAGACGAUGUAUGUAAUGAACACGACGAAUCUUUCAUAAGAAUAUAAGCAGUGUCUUCAGAGUAUCUUCUAGUGCUAUUGGCUACGCCUGGUCCAUGAAAACCUG